AUGAAGUAUAGGCAGAGUCAUCUAGGGUUCAGUCAGAGGAAUAAGAGAGCCCCAGUAGGACACAAAAGGUUUUGUUUCGGUAUGAAGACAUUUCUAUAUGAGCCUUUUUCCUUAAAAUGCACAUGUGGAUGUACUUGUGGACCUUCGCCACUUGAAGAUUACAAGUACACCUUGAAUAAAAAGGUUCUUAUUUUAUAUGAAUAUGUGUACUUCCACGAGAGAUGCGAUGUCCAGUUUGAGUUGAGAGCACACGGACUCGAGAUAUUAGUGCAGGGGCACUGCAUGACUGGUGAGCCCCGGGGAGGUCGUAUAGGUAGUGAUGCCACGAUGGUUGUCCUUCUGAGGAGCUUAUCAAACCUGGUGUGGCGAGAUACUGACACUCAAAUGCUUGAUGGGGGAGGCGUCGCCUGGAACCUCAACUGCAGGCAAGCACGGAAGGUUCACAACUGCACCCUCUGUUCAUACAGAACACCAAGUCGUUCCGAUAUCGAUAAACAUAUCCGGACCCACACCGGGGAAAAGCCCUUCUCUUGUCCCCAUUGUUUGUAUCAGACUGCCAACAAGUCCAAUCUUAAGAGGCACAUGCGCACUCAUACGGCAGAAAAUAUACACCUUUGA